UUUUUCUUAGUUUUCUCACCUGGUUUCCAUAUUUCUUCUCCCUCUCUUCAUUUAUAGCUCCUUUACUCCUUUUCUAGUUAGAACUUAUCUACAAUUUCUUCUACUCCACGGCUUCUUUAUCAUCUUCAUUUCUUCUUACAAAUUUGUUACUUCCCUUCAAUUUCUCCUCAUCAAACAUUUUUUUUCACACUCUCCCUUUAAAUUCCUAUCUGGGUUCUGUUUUUUCGUUCAAUCACUACAAAAUUUAUCUUCUUUUUCACCACCCAUUUCUUUUGAUAAUUAGCGAGGGGAGCGCUUCUGAAAGAAAUUGAACGGCUCAUUUCUUCCGAGAGAAAUUGAACGACGUUUUAUACCAUUUGAGCUGCAGCUCGUUGUUUUUCAUCACCCAUUAUGAUGAAGUGUUUUUAUAUAUUUAAGGAGAAGUCCAAGGAAAAUAAAGGAAAAUCAAAAUCAGCACCAGAAUUAAGAGACCGAACCAAACCGGAUACUUUAGCGACAAGUCAUACAUCAAGAUCGUUACCUUCACCGAGAAGUAUUAGUGAGUUAUACAAGGAAAAAGAGCAUAAUUUAAGAGCUUUUUCUUUUGAAGAACUCGGUGAAGCUACCAAAGGAUUUAGUAGAUUGCUCAAGAUUGGAGAAGGCGGGUUUGGAAGUGUUUAUAAAGGCUCAAUUUUGCCUGCUGAUGGUCAAGGUGACUCUGUAAUUGUUGCUAUCAAGAAGCUUAACAAGCAUGGGUUGCAGGGCCACAAACAAUGGCUUGCAGAAGUUCAAUUUCUUGGAGUUGUUUGUCACCCAAAUCUAGUAACACUUCUAGGAUACUGUUCUGUAGAUAAUGAACGAGGGAUUCAACGAUUAUUGGUGUAUGAAUAUAUGCCUAACAAGAGCUUAGAAGAUCAUCUCUUUAGUAAAGCUUUGCCGCCUUUGCCUUGGAAAACAAGAUUGGAGAUUAUGCUUGAUGCAGCUGAAGGAUUAGCUUACUUACAUGGUGGACUCGAAGUCCAGGUGAUAUACAGGGACUUUAAAUCCUCAAAUGUCUUAUUGGAUCAGAGCUUUAAGGCAAAGCUCUCAGAUUUUGGUCUUGCGAGAGAAGGGCCAACAGGCGAUCAUUCUCAUGUAUCCACGGGGGUAGUUGGUACAUAUGGUUAUGCGGCCCCAGAAUAUGUCGAGACAGGUCACCUCACUAGCCACAGUGAUAUAUGGAGUUUCGGUGUGGUGCUUUACGAAAUCCUCACUGGUAGGCGAACUCUUGACAGAAAUCGACCAACAUCAGAGCACAAGCUUCUUGAUUGGGUAAAACAGUUCCCAGUUGACAGUAAAAAGUUCAGCAUGAUAAUAGAUCCGCGACUGAGAAAUGAUUACUCUAUCGCAGCAGCAAAAAGAAUAGCCAAGUUGGCGGAUAGCUGCCUUAACAAGAAUGCGAAAGAACGACCAUUUAUGCCCGAAAUAGUUGGCAACUUGAAGCUUGCAGUACAAGAUUCUGAAAGCUGCAGUACUUCUAGUAACGGUGUUGAAUCAUCCCAGACUAAACGGACAGAAAGAAAACCGAUCAGGGUAUGAAAUUAAAAGUGUGCAUCUAUGACUAAUUUGAGCACAAAGCGAACACUUUUCUGCCUGCAGAUUUUGAUCUCAGCUUCAUCAUAUAAAAUCUGCGAGUCUGAGGCAUCAGACUCGACUAGGUAGAGUCUUGCAUAUUUUUUGAGAAAAUUAUUAUCACUUCUGAGUUUAGUCAAAAUUAUUAUUUUCUCGCUAAAUUUUAAAAAUUCAUUGUUUUUUCCUCCGAUAUUGCCCUUUCAGCAAGGGGUUUCUGUAAUCUAAUGACUAAAUAUCGAGAUGGAAACUCUAGAUUUUUGAAUUUCGGUGAGAAAUAGUGUUGUACUUAAUAUUAGGGGUGAUAAUAAAUGUUCUUUAUUUUUUUUCCAGUAGAGGAACUUUUUUCGAGUUAAGCUUUAGACAGCUCGUAAGCAGUUUGAUUCAUUUACAGCCCUACCUAUGAACAAAAUUUUAUCAUUGUAAAUUUUGUGAAGGUAAAAGUGCAGCUUUUCUGCAUUAUAAGGCAGACAUUUGUUUUUUUAUUGUUUGCUGGAAUAUUGGAGUCUCUUUAGAAUAAUUCCCCUUGUACAUUGGAUUUCAUUUGUAUGAAAUUCAUUUACAAAUAAAUUUCACAGUUUGGAAUAAAAAGAUUUAAACUAUUAAAUUGUAA